AUGAUUUCUUACGACGAAGAGGACAAAGAGGUCAACAAUGCCAUCAUGCACUUCGACGCAGGGCAUCCGUUCACCUAUGAACUUAUGGUAUAUCUGAAGGAGAACUUCAAGGUAGCCACAUGGGGGGUCAACAGCCCUGGGGCAGCAACUGCCAUAGCGAAGAAGGUGUGUGGAACAGAAGAUCUGAAUGAAAUUUUGCUCCAUCAUUGUGCAAACGUGACACUGCGUCCUCUGAAGGAAAUGCAGCUAUUCGGAUGGCCUGACUGGAACAACUAUUUCCAGGACAAUAACGGAGAACGUUUUGCGGAGGAGCAUCAAGAUGCCUUCAUCGUACAUUUGUAUAACAAACUUAGCCAAAGAACGCCAGUCGCAAUUGGAAACAGGAGCAUUUAUGAUGAGAUUGCCAAAGCUCACUGCCCUAUCACUUACGCAGCUGCCAAACGGAGAGCCUACUUUUUCUAA